UAAAUCUCUCAUCCCUCCCAGUCCACUUUUCACAAUUUUCAUAGAUAGCUGAGAAGCCGCAGAAAGUUGUUUAAUUUCAUUUAAUUUCGUUCUUGAGAAAGAUUUCGUUAAAUAUCUAUACAAUUCAAAUGGAGAAAAAAUUUCUUGAAGUUGUUGAUUCUUCCAUAAAUAACGAAGCAAAGCUUUUAAAUCGAAUAAGUGAAGAAAUUUGGAAAAAUCCUGAAUUGAAAUUCGAGGAAAUUGCUGCUCAUAAAUUAUUAACUGAUGCUUUAAUUGAAAAAGGAUUUUCUGUGAAGAAAAGCUUCGUAUUACCAACUGCCUUUAUAGCUGAAUUCGAUUCAAAAAAACCUGGGCCAGUUGUGGCAACCAUUUGUGAAUAUGAUGCCCUUCCCGAGGUAGGACAUGCCUGUGGACAUAACUUAAUUGCUGAAUCUGGAUUUGGAGCUGGUCUUGCUAUAAAAGCUGCCAUGACAACAUACCCAGAAAUACCUGGGAAGGUUGUAGUGAUUGGCACGCCAGCUGAAGAAGGAGGCGGUGGAAAGAUUAAGUUGAUUAAUGCAGGUGUUUUUAACGAUGUCGAUGUAGCUUUAAUGGUUCAUCCGGCUCCAAAUGAUCAUCUAUUUCCACCCUUCAUUGGAAUUGAAAGAAUGACCAUUACAUUUACUGGAAAAGAAUCUCAUGCUUCAGGGUAUCCUUGGGAAGGGCUAAAUGCCUUAGAUGCUGUUGUCGGGUGUUAUAAUAAUAUAGCACUUCUCCGACAACAAAUAAAGCCAACAUGUAAAGUCCAUGGCAUCAUUACUAAAGGAGGUGACGCAGCAAAUAUCAUACCUGGUUUGACUGAAAUGAUAUUGUAUAUUCGAGCUGCUACAACAUUUGACAUGCAGAGUUUGAAAAAGAGAAUUGAAGCCUGUAUUAAAAGUGCAGCAUAUGCUACAGGAUGUCAAGAAGAAAUUAAAUACUUUGAUGAAGAAAACUAUCAAAGUUUGAUGACAAAUAAACUACUUGCUGAAAUAUAUAAAGAAUAUGCUGAAGGAUUUGGUGUUAAGUUUGAUGAUGGCAAUCCGAAAGUAAUACCAUUCAUGGCAUCAUCAGAUAUGGGAAAUGUAUCACAUACAGUACCAAGUAUCCACCCAUGUUAUUCUAUUGGAACAAAUGCAGCAAAUCAUUCCAAGGCUUUUACACAAGCAUCUGGCACCAAAGAAGCACAACUGGCAACUUUAAUAACUUCCAAAUCGAUGGCCAUGGUAGGGUUGAAGGUUUUAUGCGAUCAAGAGUUCUUGAAAAAUGUUAAAGAUCAAUUUGAACGUGACGUCCGAGAAGAUGCUGCUGCACCUUGAAUUAUUAAGAUGUUGUAUAUCUUUUGAGCUUCUAAUGAUUUAUUGUACUGACGAUUUCUUUUGAACGAAAUAUACAAAUUGUUCAAACUAUUCACAGUUUUAUUUAUCUAUGAAUAUUGUUCCUAUCACUAAGCAAUUGUUGAAAUCUAUUUAGCUAAUUAAUGUUUCUAUGAUCUGUGUGGAUUCAUACAAAUUUUAAAAUGUUUUAGAAAUUGUUCAAUCAAUUUAUGUCUUGUGGUAUUUUAAAUGAAGAGUUGCCAUAUUUUUAUCAAUGUUAUUUGACAGUUUUUAGCAUUGCUAAAACGACUUUACUCCUAUAUUUUAUUUGUUAUAGCAUUUUAUUGAAACUGUUUUGGAAAUCUUAUGAUAUAUACAGAUUGUCUUAUUUAAGAUAAUAAAUUAUUUUGAUAUUGAAA